ACUAUUUAGGAUUAAUUUGAAAGAGGAUGACCCCUUGAUGAAGGUCACCUUGCAUCGGGGACCGCCUAGCUCGCAUGUUCAAGUCCCGCUGCAGGCCGCCCGCUGCAGCACUGGAAGCCACGUUCGCUUCUCAACGACAUGUAAAAUGUACACGUGUACUAAGUUGCGUUUGAUGUGAAUUGUCGCUCUAGCCUAGUGUAGUUUGUGUUCAACUAUGCUCUAUUGUGUCCUCUUGUAUUAUGUUCUCCUGUGUUCGAUAGUCUUUUGAUUAUGUUCUAGUGUGUUCUACGUUGUCAUGUAUUCUAAUAUGUUCCACUGUUUUCUCGUAUUAUGUUCUGCUGUGUUCUAUUGUCUUCUGUUAUUUUCUAGUGUUGCAUUGUCUUUUUAUGUUCUAUGCUGUUGUGUGGUUGUUUUGUGUGUCCUAUUUAGUUCUAUUGUGUUCUAUUAUGUUCUUUUUUUUUGGUUGGGUUCCCCAGUGUCGUAAUGCGUUUUAUAAUGUUCCCUUGUGUUUUCUCGUGUUGUAUCGUGUUCCAUUGUGAUCUAUUGUGCUCUUUUAUGUUUUUCUGUAUUCUUUUAUGUUCUGAGGGUUUUCUGGUAUGUUCUACUUUUCUGUUGUGUUCUAUUAUGCCAUUUUGUUGUUUCGUCUUGUGUUCUGUUUAGUUCUCUUGUGUUCUCUUGCAUUGUGUUCUAAUUUGUUUUAUAAUGUUCUCUUUUGUACGGAUUUGUUCUCUUAUGUUCUGUUGUAAUGUCUUCUAUUUAUAUUGUAUGUUGUUGUCCUCUCUUGAGUUCUGUUGUGUUCUACCGUGUUGUAUUGUGUUCUCUUGCAGAGCCUCGGAGUCAAGGGUUCAGGUGCGACAUCACGUGUCGCGUUAAGGAUUCCAACAGCCUGUGUUGGUUCUUCGUAGCAUCAAAGAUGACCGUUUGAAUGAAUCAUUUUGUCUUUUUUUUAAGUUGACGCUGGACCUUCUCGUCUUCGGGGGGAGGAGGAGUAAGGAGAACGUGCGUGACCUCCUCAUACAUCAGCGACUCGUCCUCUCUCACAGCACCUCAUCCUGUCAGCGGGGCGGAGGAGGAAGAAGAUGAAGAUAAAGAUGACGAUGAAGAUGGCGUGCGACUGCUGCGUUGUGUUUCUUCUCCUUUUUCUUCCUGCCUGUCAGUCAGCGCACGGCCGCUACGCUCAGAAGCUCCUGAGUGACUUGUUUGCCAACUACACUAACGCCCUGCGGCCGGUGGCGGACACGGACCACGUCAUCAACGUGACGCUGCAGGUCACGCUGUCGCAGAUCAUCGACAUGGACGAGAGGAACCAGAUCCUGACCACCUACCUGUGGGUGCGGCAGGUCUGGAUGGACGCCUUCCUGGCCUGGAAGAAGGACGACUACGAUGGGCUGGACACCAUCCGCAUCCCCAGCAGCUACGUGUGGCGGCCCGACAUCGUCCUAUACAACAGUGCCGACGACGAGUUUUCCAGCUCCAUGGAAACCAACGUUGUCCUGAGACACGACGGCCAGGUGAUGUGGGACCAGCCGGCAAUCACCAAGAGCUCGUGCUCAGUGGACGUGGCCUUCUUCCCCUUCGAUGUGCAGCAGUGUCACCUCACUUUUGGCUCUUGGACUCACAACGGCAACCAGAUGGACUUGUUCAACGCAUUGGACAGCGCCGACCUGGCAGACUUCAUCCCCAACGUGGAGUGGGAGAUCCUGGGCAUGCCGGCCAAGAAGAACGUGAUCCUUUAUGGCUGCUGCUCAGAUCCGUACCCGGACAUCACCUUCACCCUCCAUUUGAAGAGGAGGUCCUCCUUCUACAUUUUCAACCUGCUUCUUCCCUGCAUGAUGAUCUCCUUCCUGGCGCCGCUGGGAUUCUACCUGCCGGCCGACUCCGGAGAGAAGGUCUCGCUGGGCGUCACCGUCCUGCUGGCCCUCACCGUCUUCCAGCUGCUGGUGGCUGAAAGUAUGCCGCCCUCCGAGAGCGUCCCACUCAUCGGAAAGUAUUACAUCGCCACCAUGACGAUGGUGACGGCGUCGACGGCGCUCACCAUUUUCAUCAUGAACAUUCACCACUGCGGCCCAGAUGGACACCCCGUGCCGGCUUGGGCCGAACGCUUCAUCCUCAAAUAUUUGGCCCGCGUGUGCUUCAUGUACGAGGCGGCGGACGAGCGCUCCGGAGGCCCGUCCUCCCGCAAGCAGCCGGAAACCGACGGGAACAAGUGCAACGGCGAGGCGCGGGGGCUCGACAAGAGCGUGCGGAAGGAGGACGCCUUUGGUACGCUGGACCGCGUGGAAGUGGGUGAAGAUGCCGCGGAUGGCGAGCAGUCGGGAGGAGGCGUCCCGGAGAGCAGGAAGGAGACGUGCGCGUGCCAUCAUCAUCAAGGACUGCGCAGGAACGUGGAGUACAUCGCCAACGCCUACCAGGACCAACGCGCCGCCCAGCUGCGUGUGGGAGAAUGGAGGAAGCUCGCCAAGGUCAUGGAUCGCUUCUUCAUGUGGCUCUUCUUCAUCAUGGUCUUCAUCAUGAGCAUCCUGAUCCUGGGGAAGGCCGUCUGAUGCGCGCCCGAGCACCGGUACCUUGACUUUUGAGCGCCCCAACCUAUGAGCUUUUCGAGCUUCGAGCCGCUGAUGUUUUUGCUUUGUGUUGCGAGCCAAAAUUUGAGUUACAAGCGAGCUUCAGAUGCCCGCUCGAGUGAAGUGAAAAGGUUCUGUCAUGCCCUCGCACGUGGGCAAGGAGAGCUAAAGUCGCCGAUGCAAUUUCAGAUGUUUAUUGAACAGGAUCAACAGUCCAACAGUCAACAGUCCACAAAGAAGAAAGGAGGAUACACGCAAGGAGCGAGUAUUUUUUUUUUAAUCAUCGAUGAAUUGCAUAAAAAAAAAAACAUGAACAAUUUCCAUCCAUUUAUUCAAAAACAGGACUAUUUCAAAAGGACAGUGAAGAAAAGGCACAAACAUAAAUUGAUUAUGAUUCAGUCAGUGGUUUGGAAAUGUUUGGCAUGUCGGAAAAUAGGCAAAAAGGUUGAUCAUUAUUUUUUUUCAAAUGUCUUAUUUUGGGAUCAACACGACAAUAAUUAAUCCGCUUUCAUGGAGGAUUACAGACAUCUGAGAAUUUUUCAAUAAAUUAAAUUAAACAAGGUCUACAAACGAUUAAUCGAUAAUCUGAUAAUCGAUUCAUUGAUUAAUUGAUGCACCUCUAUUAUACAGAGCUUUUUCUCUUUAUUAAAAGAGGGGCUGGAGCAGAUUAACUCCAUUUGGGGAAAUUUGAUUGGCUAUACAGUGCAAUUGAAUUGUGGUAUGGGCUUCGUCACAGAAGGAAUUCAACUCUUAAGUCAAGGUACCGCUGUACUCACCAUCAGCCCACGCUGCCGUCGACAUCAUCGCUCCACGCCGUCAUCGCCCAAGCCGCCAUGGAAGAGGAUCUCCAUGGUGGCCCCACAGCACCACCGCGGCCGUUCUGGACGUCACCAUUGCUCCGUGCCACCGCGGAGAUACUCGACACCGCCGUGGCUCCAGCUGGGAUGGAGGACUUGUCUUCUUUCCAUCGGCCCGAAGUUGAGCUUCAAAAGCAAAGUGUGUGCGCGCGUGUGUGUGUGUGUGUGUGUGUGUCAAAUGUAUCAAGAAGUCACACGUCACAUUAAACAUGCCCCUUUACUUCCUGA